AAAAAGAUCUACAAGUACCGUAAGGUCCUGAACAACCCGAGUCGCUGGGACGUGGUGCUGAAGGAGAUCAGAGCGCUGGUGGACAUGGCUCUGACCUCGCCACUGCAGGACGAGUCCAUCCACCAGGCUCCACUGCAUAUCAUCUCCACCCUGCUGGCUGAGAACUCUAAUCUCAGCACUCAGGAUCAUGAGAACAUCAUUGUGGCCAUUGCUCCUCUUCUGGAAAACAACCACCCACCACCUGACCUGUGUGAGUUCUUCUGUAAGCACUGUCGGGAGCGGCCUAGGUCGAUGGUUGUGAUUGAAGUGUUCACUCCUGUGGUCCAGAGAAUCCUCAAACAUAACAUGGAUUUUGGAAAGUGCCCUCGACUGCGUCUCUUCACUCAGGAGUACAUCCUGGCUCUCAACGAGCUGAAUGCUGGGAUGGAGGUCGUCAAGAAGUUCGUCCACAGCAUGCACGGGCCAACAGGGCAGUGCCCUCACCCACGGGUCCUGCCAAACCUGGUGGCAGUGUGUCUCGCCGCCAUUUAUUCCUGUUAUGAGGAGUUCAUCAACAGUCGGGACAACUCCCCCAGCCUAAAGGAGAUCAGGAACGGCUGCCAGCAGCAGAACGACCGCAAGCCCCCAAUGCCGCUCCGCCUUCUGCGCCCCGAGCCUCCGACGCCGCCUCCUGCCACCCUCCUCCCUCUCUCCGCCAACCCCAGUCCUCCCCAGCCACCUCCGCCCGCUCCCACAAACCCUGCCCUGUCCAUUCCCAUCUCCUCUCCGACGCCCUCCCUGCCCCUCUCCCCUCCACCCUCUGUCGUCAACUCCAGCGAGAUCCUCGUGGAGCUGGAGCGAAACAACAACUCAGCCAACACCAGGCGGAAGGAGGGGCCGUCGGGGGGCGACAGCGAACCCAACCUCAUCGACUGUCUGUUGGUCAGCCCGGCCGUCAACACUCUGUCCAUCCAGCUGCCAGCACAGGCUGACCGAGUGCUGGGCUGCUUCGCUCUCAUCCUCAAGAUGCUGUCGGACUACGAUGACUGGAGACCUGCUCUGGCCAGCCUGCUGCAGCCCAUCCCCUUCCCUAAAGAGGCCCUUGCACAUGCCAAAUUCACAAAGGAACUGAAAUAUGUUAUUCAGAGGUUUGCGGAGGACCCAAGGCAGGAGGUCCAUUCCUGCCUACUCAGUGUGCGUUCAGGUAAAGACGGCUGGUUUCAGCUCUACAGUCCAGGAGGUGUGGCAUGUGAUGACGAUGGAGAGCUGUUUGCCAGUAUGGUUCAUAUCUUGAUGGGCUCCUGCUAUAAGACCAAGAAGUUUCUGCUGUCUCUGGCUGAAAACAAGCUGGGUCCCUGCAUGCUGCUGGCCCUACGUGGAAACCAGACCAUGGUGGAGAUCCUGUGUCUCAUGCUUGAGUACAACAUCAUUGAGAACAAAGACACCCAACUGCAGAUCAUCUCCACCCUGGAGAGCACCCACGUGGGCCUGCGCAUGUACGAGCAGCUCUGUGAUCGACAGAGAGAGCUCAAAGAACUGCAAAGGAAAGGAGGCCCCACCCGGCUAACUCUGCCCUCGAAGUCCACGGAUGCGGACCUGGCCCGCCUGUUGAGUUCAGGUUCUUUUGGGAACUUGGAGAACCUGAGCCUGGCCUUCACCAACGUCACCAGUGCCUGUGCCGAGCAGCUCAUCAAGCUGCCUUCACUCAAACAGCUCAACCUCUGGUCCACACAGUUUGGGGAUGCAGGGUUGAGGUUGUUAUCCGAGCAUCUGGCCUGUCUUCAGGUUUUAAACCUGUGUGAGACUCCCGUCACUGAUGCUGGUCUGCUGGCUCUCAGUUCCAUGAAGAGUCUGUGCAGUCUGAAUAUGAACAGCACCAAGCUCACAGCUGACACAUACGAGGACCUCAAGGCUAAACUGCCCAACCUGAAAGAUGUCGAUGUUCGGUACACAGAGGCCUGGUGAUCAGCCACGCUCACACACCCCCUCAUACACAGCCGGACACACACACUUGCACACAUGCACACACUGCACACAGCCUCAGAUACACACAACAUUAAAUAGUGUGGCGAUGUUGUCUCCGUCGCCGCCAUCAUUAGACCAGGAGCUCUGACAUCGUCCCAGCCUGAGGAUCACAUGAUGUACCCAGAACAUCUCUGACACACUGACGUCAGCGGAGGAGCCUUCAUCAGCUUCAUCAUCACCAACCCCUGUAGUGACGCCAUCAUCAGGAAGGAACUUUCUAGUCAGCUUUUUUCUAAAUGAGAAAUCUUUAUGAACCUCGCAGCUCCCCAUACUUCUGUUUCAGAUGUUCCUUGGACCUUGUUUUUACCGACAUGAUCGGAGGACUCGCUAUAUUGUGACAAAAGGGACCCUUCUCUCUCUGUCUUUAUCCUUUGCCCUGUCUUUCAUAUAUGGUCUCUCUGUUUUCAUAGCUCCCCGGCCAUUGCCCUCCCACCUCUGUGUGUCUGUGUCAUGAGGAAAACCCAAAUCCACCCCUCUCAGAGCCUUCCUCUCUUAUUUCUCUCUUCCACCCUCUGGCGACGAAAGGCCGGAUACAGCAGCUCACAUUCCAGUUUGCCUCCGAUCUGAUCCGCAAUGUAGCGCUCCAAACAGACGUGUGGGACUGUCGAUCACGUCGUCGGCCCUCGCUCCCUCGCGACCUUUGGCUUCAGUUUUCAGGUUCAAAUUUAAUUGGGGUAAAUGAGGUGCUACCUCAAGAGAAAAGAGAGAAAAGAGGACUGUGCCUACUCCUCGUUCACGACACAUUCACACACAAAAAGGAAAAAAAAAUGCUUUUUAUCAAGUUGAAUGAACAUAUUUUUCCAGACAUCUGUGCUUUCAUAUAUUGUGUGUUUCUAUAUAAAACAUAUUCGAAGAUAACCCCCAGUGAUGACAUUUCAGAACCAUUUCGGGAGCUCUGCUGUAGAGUUAAAUGGCGAUGGCAACAUUUGUUUAGACUUUUUUCAUUUGUUUUCAGUGUACAUACUGAUGAUCUCCCAUUACUAUUUAAUAGGACGGUUGUGUAGCAGUAGCUGGGUGGUCUGGGACUGCCUAAUAUUUAUAAGUUGUGUCUUUCAAACCUCCUUUACUCUGUCUCUCCUGGAUUUUGUCCUGAUAGCAAUGAAGUACACAGGCCCUGUUGUCUUUUUUUUCUUCUUUUUUUUGUGUAACAUGUAACACAAGAAGCCAACCAAGAGGGCGCCCAUACAUGGAUCUCCCUGUACCAUGCCAUGGUGGGAUCGUAGACCUGUAAAGUGGACCUGUUAACAAGACUCAUCACCAGCUGAGAGUUGUAUAUUUUCAUAUCCUCUGCUAUUUUCUUAUUUUUAUUUUUUUUUGGCUCUGUUUGAGACGGCUUUUGAAAAGAAGAAAAGGACACUUGCCAAAUAUCUUCGUAAGAUUUAGUUAUGGUUUUGUUUCGUCAGGCCAACAUGAGUGUGGUUUCAGUACUGAUUCAAGUGGAACCUGUGGAGAGACGGAGACACUGCUCUGACCCUCCCGCCUCUGGCCUGUGGAGGUCGGAGCGAGGAGUCGCAGUGCCUCUAGUGGAGCUGCGGAUGAGUUACCUAUUGUUAUCUUUUUAUCUGUAACACCACCUGUUUUGAAUUGUUCUGCUGUAUUUAUAUUACGCCAUAAUACAUGGGUGACAUUUUUAGGCUGUAUGGAUGAAUAAGUCUCAUCAGAGAAGUUAUUGUACAUAUUAUAUCACAAUGGGCUAUAAGGGACAAAAGAUUGAAAAAAAGGCACCUUUUGGCCAUAUUUGCCCCGUCUACAUUCCCUCAAAGUGUUGUCUUUUUAUUGUGGCAACAUUUCAUACGAUGUGGUAACUGCCCUGACACACUGCAAGUCUGUCAGAAUCUCUUUUUCCUCUCUGUCUACGCACGGUUUGGGCUAAUUUGUCUCGUAUCAUUGACCGGGAAGACACAAGACCAGUCAGAUUUCUACAGUUUUUUUAGUCAGCCUCGCUCUGACUGUAUCCAUCCAUUUUAUUUAUUUGCGUCGACCUCCAGUAUGUAUGUUGAAUCAAGGCAGAAGCUGCAGCAGAGGACAGGAUGCCGUCCGAUAUGAGAUACUUUGUUUCCUAUUUAUUGGGUGCCAUGACAGUUUUCUGUUUGGCCUGUAGACUCGGUUUGUGUACGGCCAUCUUUGGGUCUGGCUUUAGGACCUUGUGCUCUCUUUCAUAUCCUCUAUGAUGUAUAUACAAGUGUAUAUAGUCGUCUCCUCUCUUCCUCUCUUGAAUCCUUUUUUUCUUCUAUAUCUUUUUCUGUAUUUCUCUUGGCCUCCCAUCGUCGGCAGGCUGGUGUUGCCUUCAUCUUAAUGUGUGUGUGGUUGUUUUUUUUCACACAAAGUGCACUGUAAUCUAACAAAUUAUGUUUUUCGUAAUAUCUUUUAAGUUUCCAGCGUCUUUGAUUUGAUCACUUUAAUCAAACAUUUGUUUCCUGUGUUCUUGUUUAGUCUUUUUUGCAUGUACAUGUUGCUGCGUCAUCUGGUAUUUUUAUUUUGUAAUUUUGUUUUUAUAAAAGGUUUGAAAUAUGAUAAAGGGUUUGAUCACUAUCUCACUGAGGUUAAGGACUGAAAUGGAGAGAUCCCAUCUAACUGUUGCCUGAUUGGUAGUUGCCAGGAUCUACCCAUGAGCUUUGAAGGAUGUUAUUGGUCGAGGCAGUUUGGGUUUGAUUGAUAUUGAUUUUUUAUAAAGCCAAUACCAAAACUGGUACCUUUGGACUGAAGCUGCCCCUAGUUGAGAUUUAAUCGUUUAAGUUUUCAUAUCAAGGUUUUUUAUAUUUUUUGUUUCCCCAAGAAUUUUGUUCUAAUCCUGCCAGAUAAUCAUAUCAGGUGGACCACACUGACUGGCCAUUAUCAUGUUUAAAUGAAGUUGUUCCACACAUCAGCAAACUGAUAACAGUUCAGUGUAACUCUACUGUAGCCUUAUUUGAUCCCAAAUGUUUUAAAGGAAUAGUUUGACAUUUUGAAAAACAGGUUGACUCGCUUUUUUGACAAGCGUAGGUUGAAAAGAUUGCUAUCAAUGUGCAUCCGGUUAGCUUAGCUUAGCAGAAAGAUUUCACAGUGAUGAAAAGCCUGCAGGAAGUCACUGCAUCCAGCCAAGGAUUAGCCCACCACAUAAGCCCAUAUACUCCGUUUUUUAGGUAGCUUUAGAGUAGGCAGGUGAUACAAUACAUAUCACAAUACAGGGGUUAUGAAUCAUAAAAUAUUGCGAUACUGUAAGCAAGGAGAUAUAUCAAUGUCUAUCCAUUUAAUAUGAAGCUACAUCUGGAUAGCUUAGCAUAAAGAGAAAGCAUGGAUGAAAAGGAGUAGGAUCAAAAGAUUGCUGUCUUUUUUUAGUAAGCUUUAGAGUAAGCAAGAAUGUGGCGAUACAAUACGUAUCACAAUACAGGGGUUACGAAUCAUAAUAUGUCACGAUACUGUAAGCAAAGCGACAUAUAUUGCAAUUAGAUUGAGAUUGAGAAUUGAUACAAUAUCACAAUAUAUACAUUUUUUUCUAUUUUCUCUCACACCUACUUUAGAGGUAGAUCUUAUUACCAUUGCUAUUUCCCGUUAUCGGUCUUUAUGCUAAGCUAAGCUGCUGGCUGUAGCUUCACACACUUAAACUGGUGUUAGUCUUCUCAUCUUACUCUGCAUGUAAGUGAAUGAGCAUAUUUCCCCAAAAUGUCAAGUUAUUCCUUUAAAGAGGUGGGCAGUCUUGGGGAAAUCCUGUCCUUGAACUCACCCUAGGCCAUUAUGAGCUGCCACUUGCCCAGCCUGGGUGCCAGCAUGUCAAGGGUUAUAAAUGUAAGGUUUUUGUAUUACUGUAGAACAUGUAAUGGUUGAAUAGAAACGCCUCUUCUGUUCUGUCUCCGUAUCCUGUGGAGCUCACUGUGCUUUGCUUUCAUUCCCAUCCCAAUUCCUCUCUCCUGUCUAUUAUCUCUCUGAUGUUUUUUAUUCUACACAAACUGUAAAGAGUUUCUACCAUGUCCAAGUUGUGUACAGCUGUGCUCGAGUCUUAACAGUUGUUAUGGAAGGAACAGGGUCAGAUGUGGCACAGCCUAACAAAUCUGACAGACUGAAAAAAUAACUAUAUUUCCCAUAAUUCCUUGUAGUAAAAUCUUUUUUGGCAGCUGGAAAAUAGGUGCCCAUCAUGUUUCUCUCUAUUUUUCAGUCUUUCUCCGCAUUGAUCUGCUUCUCCUGCUGGGUUAUUAUUAUUAUUAUUGCUGCUGCUGCUGCUCUGUGGCUGUUGUAAUAAAAAUACAAAAGAUCUUCAACAGGAAAAAUAACAACUAUGAUGUGAAAUAAUUUCAAUCAAAAAUAAAUUGUCUGUGAAUAUGUUUCAA